AUGUCUGCAGAAGCACUAGCAGCAAGAACCUCCAUGGGUCAAACGGCCUUGCAUUUCGUUGCAGUCUCUGGUGACGACAGCAUAGAGGCUGCUAGGGCUUUGGUGACCAGAAACCCGGCUUUGCCACAAAUAACUGAUUCCAUUGGAGCUACUCCACACUAUUGGGCUUGUUUGGUGGCUCCUGAAACAUCUUAG